CCUGGCCACCGCCCACCCUUUACACACAGCAUGUAAACAGUCCCCGCCGGGAGGAUCCCGGGACCGGAGGGAGUCCGCGCUGCCCGGCCCCGCCGCCAGCCCCCGAGCCCGCGGAGCCGUGCGCUGCCCGCCCGAGAGGGGGGCGCCCGAGGGGAGAGGAGGGCGGGCGGGUGGCGGAGGAGCGGGAGGCGGGCGGCGCGAGCGGAGGCUGAGGGAGCGGCGGGCGCGGCGGGCCAGGAUGGAUUUCCAGCAGCUGGCUGACGUUGCGGAGAAAUGGUGCUCCAACACGCCCUUCGAGCUCAUCGCCACCGAGGAGACCGAGCGCAGGAUGGAUUUCUACGCCGACCCUGGCGUCUCCUUCUACGUGCUGUGUCCGGACAACGGCUGCGGGGACAAUUUUCACGUGUGGAGUGAGAGUGAGGACUGCCUGCCUUUCUUGCAGCUAGCACAGGAUUACAUCUCCUCCUGCGGCAAGAAGACGCUCCAGGAAGUCUUGGAAAAAGUCUUCAAGUCUUUCAGACCUUUACUGGGGCUUCCAGAUGCCGAUGACGAUGCCUUUGAAGAGUACAGUGCAGACGUGGAAGAGGAGGAGCCGGAGGCGGACCACCCCCAAAUGGGGGUCAGUCAGCAGUAAACUUCCGGGGGCUCCCACCUGAGAGGGAAAGAGUAGCCCGUGGUACCCGAGGUGGGGUCGCGUGCUCCUGGGUUAGCCUUUUGCAUUAGCACUUCAAAACGGGCCAUCUGACUCCCAGCCUCCAAAUUAAAAUGAAGUACCUUUUUAAUGACCAUAAAAUAUCUGGGAUGAGUUUUGCUCAGAAGUGACCUGAAUUUGACUCCCGUUUCAGUGGGUUUCUAUGGUAGUGUCUUGGUAGCCUUUGCCAUUUUGAACUUAGAAUCCAUUUCAUGGCCAACUGUUCUCUCUUGUGUUUAUGUUGAAGAACUAACAUUCACUGACUUGAACGUAGAGAACUCUAAAUGUGCUAAGGAUAUGUUUGGAGUCCUCGACAGGGGACAUUAUUGAGGGAAAGCAUGGCAGAGAAGAAAUGCAGUCUUCACUUUUUAUGUACCUUUUAAGUGUCCGUAAGUGAAAGGGUUUGCUUAAAAAGCAUGAGUUUUAAUAUCUAGUCAUUAAACUGCUCAAGUGCAAACACAAGGGCAGAAAAGGAUAAUCACUUAGCUUUGGAUUAAGAGGGUAAGAGAGACAGGGAAGCCUUUGUUUAAAUGUUCUGCCAUUACUAAAUUACCUGGAUAUAUAGUAACAGGGUCAUGGUUAGGUAUUAACAUUACUUGCAUGUUCAAUUAUUUUAAAACAUGCUAAUUCCAAAGGCACUUUUAAAGUCUAAUAGUGAAAAUAAUAAAUGGGGUGACAUGAAUUAUUGAUUUAUUUAAAAUGUUUAUAAGCUGUCCCACAUAUGAGAUGAAAUAUUUACCUUAUCUCUUUAUAAUGAGAUGGCAACUUGUUAAAUCAUGAAAACAUCCAAAAUCCAAGUGCCGCUUAAACUUUGAAGCCAUAGAUAAAUUUAAUGGGAAAAUAAACCAGGAUAAAAAUUUUUUUUAAUAUGAUGGAAUCCUUUACUUUCUUAAUCUUUUAUUCCUUAAAAAAAAGAAAUCAAGAAAAGUAUCCCACUGUAUAACUUACUAAAAAUCAUAAGUGUUUUAAGGAAUCUAAUUAAAGUGGAUUUCUAAAGC